GAAUGAAGUUUAAUUUCCCAUGACAACUCGCCAGGACGCAUUCGUGCAAUGCAUAGAUUUUAAUUUACAAGCGCCACUGUUCUUAUAAUUGUAAUGGCUUUUAGCUUCAACUUCGAUCUGAAAAUAAAAACGGAUGAAGCCGUUAACCAAGAUAAAAUUAAGAAGGACCAAGGCCAUGAAGAAAAACCAGUUGAUUCGAACGACACUAAACCUUCUUCUGAAAAAGUAAAAGAAGCGAAAGAACACAGCCCUCCCUUGGACUGUCAAUCACUCCUGGAGGACGCCGUCUGUGAGACGUUCACGUUGGGGACUCUGCCCCCUAUCCACUAUCUGAACGAGUCUGUCUUCGAGCUGACCAUGUCCGAGCUGCUCGGCGGCGAGAACGUCCUGUCCCGGACCGCGGCCCAGAACACCGACCUCAUCUCCGGCGUGUACGAGGGUGGCCUCAAGGUCUGGGAGUGCACCUACGACCUGCUGGAGCACCUGGAGGCCGAGGGGGAGGCCUUCUCCGGGAAGAGGGUGCUGGAUUUAGGCUGCGGGGCGGGGCUGCUGGGCAUUUUGGCUCUCAGGAGAGGGGCACGCGAGGUCCACUUUCAAGACUACAACAGCACAGUGAUAGAGCGGCUUACGCUGCCCAACGUGCUGCUGAACUGCGAAGAUGAUGAUGAUGAUAGUGGUGAUGAUGAUGACGGUGGCGGAGGAGGAGAUGAAGAGGGAGAGAAAGAAGGUUGCCCACCACCAAAAAGAAAAGCCACAGGUCCACCACGGGACUCGAAGCUGGCCAGGUGCAGGUUCUUUUCCGGCAGCUGGACCACCUUCCUCACACAGAUGCUGAACAAUGACCCGCCCCCGAAGUAUGACCUCAUCAUGACCUCUGAGACUAUCUACAACACGGACUAUUACCCAGCCCUGCACGAGGUCUUCCACAGGCUGCUGGACCAAGGAGGUCUCGUGUACCUGGCAACGAAGGCGCACUACUUUGGGGUCGGCGGCGGGCUGUACCUCUUCCAGAAUUUUGUAGAGGAGAAGGACAUCUUUAAAAUGAAAUGCGUGAAGAAUGUGGAACACGGUCUCCAGAGACAUGUGGUGGCCAUGAGCUUCAAGGAACCCUGACCAGUGACUGAAUGUUCCGGUUGAUUUAUAGCUCUGGACUGAGCAGCUUUGGAGAAUCAUUUGGAGUAGACAUUUCACCGUUUCUAAGAACGUGGCUAUUGUAUUUCACCAUCAGUGUGAAUUCUCUUUUUUGUAAUUAAAGCUUUGUUCGAAGCUUGGCCUAUG